AUGGCAAAGAUAGAUGUGUCUUCCAAAAAAGAACUUGUGCGACUUCUGCAGCAAACAGUCCGAUCUUCCCAAUAUGAUAAAUACUUUGCAAGCCGUCUUUGCGAGGGGGUUCCCAAAGACAAAUUAGAGCUGUUGCACCAAAAAGAUGACCAGAUUUUGGGUCUCAACAACCAACUUGAAAAGUUAAAUCUGGAAAAAGAUAGUCUCCAGCAGGAAGUAAAGAAUCUGAAAUGUAAGGUUGGAGAACUCAGUGAGCGACGGGGUAUGUUGAUGGAAACUAUUCAAGCUAAAGAUGAAGUCAUCAUGAAACUCUCCCGUCAACUCAGCGAAUGUGAGGACAACACAUCCUCUCAGAGUGGAGCAGUAAAUUCUUCCAUGGUCACCUGUACUAAUAAGGAACUACAGGAACUGGACAGACUAAAAGACAAUCUUCAGGGUUAUAAGACCCAGAAUAAAUUUUUAAAUAAGGAGAUUUUGGAACUUUCUGCUCUACGAAGAAAUGCAGAAGCAAGAGAGAGAGAAUGGCAGGCAAAGUAUACUAGCUUGGAAGCCAAACUCUGUCAGAUAGAAAGUAAAUACUUGAUCUUGCUUCAAGAAAUGAAAACUCCUGUUUGUUCUGAGGAGCAGAGUCCUGCUCGUGAGGUCAUCACACAGUUGCUGGAAGAUGCCUUGAAAGCAGAAACUAGUGAACAACCAGAACAGGCAUUUUUCAGACCACACCUGGUCAGUGAAUAUGAUAUAUAUGGUUUUCAGACAGUCCCAGAGGAUGAUGAUGAGGAGAAACUAAUAGCAAAAUCACGAGCUUUGGACCUGAGAUCACUUUCUCUCAGUGAAAAUCGAGAGAUCUCCACAGGGGUAAAAUGGGAAAACUAUCUUGCAAGCACAAUGAAUAGAGAGAUGAUGCGCUGUGUAGAACUAAAGAAUCUUAUUCGAUCUGGAAUUCCACAUGAACAUCGUUCCAAGAUGUGGAAAUGGUGUAUCAAUCUCCAUGUUAAAAAAUUUAAGGACAGCACUGUUCCUGGGUACUUCCAAAGCUUGCUUCAAAAUGCUCUGGAAAAGCAAAAUCCUGCAUCUAAACAAAUUGAGUUGGAUCUCUUGAGAACUUUGCCAAACAACAAACAUUAUUCCUCCCCAACAUCUGAAGGGAUCCAGAAGCUGCGAAAUGUGCUGCUGGCAUUUUCGUGGAGAAAUCCUGAUAUAGGAUAUUGCCAAGGGCUCAACAGAUUGGUAGCAAUUGCACUUCUGUACCUGGAACAGGAAGAUGCUUUUUGGUGUCUGGUAACCAUAGUGGAAGUUUUCAUGCCUCGUGAUUAUUAUACUAAGACACUAUUAGGAUCUCAGGUUGAUCAGCGAGUAUUCAAGGAUUUAAUGAGUGAGAAGCUUCCACGACUGCACGCUCAUUUUGAACAGUACAAAGUUGACUAUACGCUUAUAACUUUCAACUGGUUUCUCGUGGUAUUUGUGGACAGUGUGGUUAGCGACAUCCUUUUUAAAAUCUGGGACUCCUUCCUAUAUGAGGGACCAAAGGUAAUAUUCCGAUUUGCCCUGGCACUUUUUAAAUACAAAGAAGAGGAAAUCUUAAAACUGCAAGAUUCAAUGUCCAUUUUCAAGUACCUUCGAUAUUUCACACGCACUAUACUUGAUGCUAGGAGACUGAUGGGUAUUGCUUUUGGAGACCUGAAUCCUUUUCCAUUACGUCAGAUCAGGAACCGAAGGACCUAUCACCUGGAGAAAGUGCGUCUUGAACUAACAGAACUAGAAGCCAUUCGUGAGGACUUCCUGCGUGAACGAGACACAUGUGUAGAAAAGAGAGACCUUAUUAGUGAUGAUGAGGAGGAUAGUUGAAACUACUUAACAUAAACUUUUCUUUGGGAUC